CCAAUUUUUAAUUUCGGAUUGGACCCGGUUCAAUCUCACUCCCUCUCUCAUCUUCGACCUCGACCUACUCCACCUUCGUCACCCAUUUUUUCUCUCGGCCACUGCUAAUUGGGAUUGUCUACAAAUUUAAAUCCCCGGAAGAAUCAGCGCCGCUCUCCUCCUCGCUCUGCUCUUGGAACCCGCUGGGUAAACAAAGAUGAGUGGUGAAGUUGUUUUAGCUGCUAGAGUGUACCGUGACAUUCUUAAAGCAGUGGUAAAACACGUUGGAAAAGAAGAGCACAAGGCUCAUUUCACAGACUUUGUAAAGCAGGAAUUUCGGAAGAACGCAAACUCAGACUCGAGCCGAGAGAAACUUAACCUCGCACGCAACUACACAUAUCUUCUGAAUAGCAUUCAUUCUCACAAGGAUCUGCUGUUCUCAUACAACAUUGCGGUUGAUAGAACUGAAGAAAUGAAAAAAGUGCUUGGGAAAUCUGCAGCUAGUGUAGGGCUUCGUCUUCCCAAUGUUUACCAGCCUUGAUCAUGCAGCGCACAGACAUUCCUCUUUUGUCUUUCCGGGAGAUAAGCCACUCUGCUUUCUUCAUUUUUAUGGACAGAUCGUGGGUGAAUUUGGAAUAAGAUUGAUCCUCUUUGGAGCCAGAGAGCUCUUGCAUUGACAGAUCUUACAUGUGUGGAUUACAAUUUUCGUUUUGUGUUGUUACUGCAUUCGUUUUGGGACAAGAAUAUGGUACCAAGAACAUAUUACUCAGGUUCUUGAUAUAUAUGCUAUGUUGUAUGAAGCCACCAAAGUGAAAGAAGUGAUGUCAAGUUGUGAUAAAAUUAAAAUCUUUCUUGCUAAUCAAAUAAUAGUUAUAGUUAUGUUUGUUCCUCAGUAACUUGUUUGCUAGGUCUUGAAAGACAAGUUUUUAUACUUGAAAUAGCUUCCGACUUCAUCAGCAUUCUGAUAUUGUAUAUGGAAUGUUAUUUACAAAAGAAACCAACUCUUGCUAGUAUAAAUCUAAA